AAAAGGGACUAUUGGUGUUACCACACUGACAAUGAGUCCAUAACACACAAGGGAUAAAGAACCUUUGAAAUAGAGAAAAAUCAUACGCAUAGAUAAACAUGUACAAAAUAUAUGCAAAAAAAUUUCAUAGGUUGGUGGGAGCAAUUGUCAGGAUCACGAAAGGCCUCAGGAAGAAGGUGACCCUAGGCUCAAGCCUCAGAGGAAGAAGCUAGGAAUUCCAAGAGCUGGCAAUUAAGAGGGGUAGCAUUCUAGACAUAAGGCACAAGAAUGCUGUCAAAGAAACCAAACGCAAACUGUCAGGAUUCUAACAGGUCCUUUAUAUAAAAUAGCUAUCAUCAAUUAAGGCCUAUUAAAGCUCAAUAUGCAAAAAAUACUAGUGGCUCAAUAGUCAUCCAAAUUGUAACAUGUAGAAUGAAUAUUGUUGAAUAUGUGCAAUAAAUAAUCAGGGGUAUAAGGAUCCAGAAAGGCACUAAUGCUGUUAAAAUCACACACAUUAACCCAUCAGAUAAGAAAUGACCUGAUCAUUUUGGCAGAAUGCUUUCAUAGGCUCUUUACACCUCUAAGAUCAUUUUCCUCAUCUGUAAGUGGAGGAGGUUGGGCUAGACAUCCUCUCGAGGCUCUUUCAGCACUGGAGCCUCCUAUCCUGUGAUUGUGGUUAGUGUUCAUUUCUAGAAUGUCAUCCCCCCGAGCUGGCGUGGCUGGCAGGAAGGCACCUCCUGGGAGAGUCCAGCAUAGCCUUGGGCUGGGCUUCAGCUGGCAGGACACAGGCGCUUGAUGGUCAAAGGUUAGAGGGCUUGUUUUACAUUAGGCAAUGGUUCUGUGUGCUUUAUUUUACUUUUCUGGUACCAGGGAGCAUCAAGGGCACAUGCAAGAAGGGAAACGGCAAAAGGACAGACAGACCUAAGAGUAGACAAGGAAUGAACUGGACUUUGGCCCAAGUUCAUAUACCAAAGGUGCAAGAUGAAGAAACCAGAGAUCAGGAAAUAAGCAUCUGAUGAACAGAAAACUUUUGCCCCGAUUCUACUCCCAAUCCAGCCGUCCUUUCCUCCUUGCCAACUGGUCACUAAAUUAUUACAAAGCUGAAGGAGAGAAUAAUGGGAAUGUGUCAUGAAGCCUAAUGGAUAUUAUGGGACCCCCCAGCCUCUAUUUCAGAAAUGUCUGCAGGACAGCUGGACCUACAGGUAUGGAUCUUUGGCAGCUGCUACUUACUUUGGUCCUGGCAAGUUCAAAUGAUGCUUUUUCUCAAAGUGAGGAGCCUUCUGGGAAGCCUCAGUAUACCAAGUGCCGUUCACCUGAACUAGAGACAUUUUCAUGCUACUGGACUGAUGAAGUUUAUCAUGGUCCAAAGAGUCCAAUAAAGCUGUUGUAUAAGAAAAGAAAUGACGAGUGGAAAGAAUGUCCUGAUUAUGUCUCUGCUGGAGAAAACAGCUGUUAUUUCAAUUCCUCAUAUACCUCCAUUUGGACACGCUAUUGUAUCAAGCUAAGAAAUAUUAGUCAUGAGUUGGAGAAAAGAUGUUUCACUGUUGAUGAAAUAGUACAACCAGAUCCACCCAUUGGCCUCAACUGGACUUUGCUGAACACCAGCCUAACAGGGAUCCAUGCUGACAUCCAGGUGAGAUGGGGACCCCCUCCCAAUGCAGAUGUUCAGAAAGGAUGGAUUCUCUUGGAGUAUGAACUUCAAUACAAAGAAAUAAAUGAUACCCAAUGGAAAAAGAUGGAUCUCGUGCGCUCCACAUCUGUUCCAGUGUACUCCUUGAGGUUGGAUAGAGAAUAUGAAAUACGAGUCAGAUCCAGACAGCGUACUUCGGAUAAAUUUGGGGAGUUCAGUGAGACACUUUAUGUAACAUUUCCCCAGAUGAGCCCUGUUAUGAAUGAAUGUGAAGAGAAAAUCAAUGAUUUCCAGUUUCCAUGGUUCUUGAUUAUUAUCUUUGGAAUAUUUGGGCUGACAGUGGUGUUAUUUGUAUUCAUACUUUCUAAACAACAAAGGAUCAAGCUGCUGAUUCUGCCCCCAGUUCCAGUUCCAAAAAUUAAAGGGAUUGAUCCAGAUCUUCUCAAGAAGGGAAAGUUGGAAGAGGUAAACACCAUCUUGGCGAGCCACGACGGCUACAAGCCCCAGUUCUACAACGACGAUUCUUGGGUGGAGUUCAUUGAGCUGGACAUGGAAGACCCCGAGGAAAAGACCCAAGAAUCGGACACGGACAGACUCCUGCGCAGCGACCCGCCCAAGUCCCUGCACUACCUGGGGGCCAAGGACGACGACUCCGGGCGGACCAGCUGUUGCGAGCCCGACAUCCUGGAGACGGAUCUGAGCGCCAGUGACUCUUGCGACGGGACUUCAGACGUGACUCAGUCACACAGGAUGAGGGGGAAAGCGGAUCUCUCAUUCCUCGAGCACAAGAGCGACGGGCCGUCUAAGGGCGACAGCCCGACGACCCUCCCGGCCAACGGCACCACCCUCUCCGAGGGCAGCAAACCGAGGCCGCUCGUCGCCGGCGGGACGGAGUCCGCCGGCCCGCCUGGCCACUCUCAGCCGGGCAACCAGAGUUCGCUGGCCAACAUUGACUUUUACGCGCAGGUGAGCGACAUUACUCCCGCCGGAAGUGUCGUUCUUUCACCCGGACAGAAAAACAAGGCAGGGACAGCGCAGGGCGACGGGCACCCGGAAAUGGCGUCACGGUGCCAGGCGAACUUCCUCCUGGACAACACCUACUUCUGCGAGGCCGAGGCGAAAAAGUGCGUUUCUGCGGCGCCCCGGGCGGAGGCCGAGCCGCGGGCGGAGCCGAGCUUCAGCCAGGAAGACGUUUACAUCACCACGGAAAGCCUUACCACUACUGCUGUGAGUCCCGGAAGCGCGGGAGGCCCUUCCAAUCCCGAGAUGCCGGUGCCGGACUAUACCUCCAUUCACAUAGUACAGUCUCCCCAGGGCCUCGUGCUCAACGCCACCGCGCUGCCCGUGCCUGACAAAGAAUUCCUCACCUCGUGUGGCUACGUAAGCACGGACCAACUGAACAAAAUCAUGCCCUAGCCUUUCUUUCGUUUACCUUGCACAUAGAGAUUGAACGGCGUAAAGACGGCCUGGGCUAGUCCGCUUCAACCAAAACAAUUUUUUUUUUUUUUUUUUUUGGCGGUUCUUCAGCGCUUUUUCCCCCCGAAAUGUCGAACCGUGCUAAACACACACACACACACACACACACACACACACACAAGCGUUAAUCAGACUCUCUCCUGUUGUGAAUUGUAAAUAUUUUAAAGCAUCGUCUCGCCAAGACCAUUGAGUAGCAGUGAUUGUCUUGUUAUUGUGGGUGUUGAUUUUGUGAUACUAAACAUUGAAUGACUAUGUUUUUAAUGUAUAGUAAAAAUCAUGCUUUUUGAAAAAGCUAAAAUCAGGUGGUUUUGCAGUUCAGGAGAAUUUCAUGCAAAUCAUACCAUACACUGAGUUGUUUGAUGUUGUUUUUUAAUCAUAAUUGGAAAAACUAAAUAAAAUAUCAACAGGAAGGCAGAAGUAGUUUGGGUAAGUAAAACAUUUAUUUUGACAUUAAAGUUGAUAAAGAUUAUUUUAAUAGUCUAGACUUAAAGCACGGCUGUGUUAUAUUACAGUACACAAUGUGUACUGUGAUUUUUGCUGAUCCAUCUAAAGAAUGUAUUCAUUGCAAUUUUAUCAAAGCUGAUUUCAGUUUUUGGUCAUUGCAGCAAAAAUAAGAAGCAAAAAUUACAUAGAAUGACAAAAAAAAAAAAGUUAGUUUUUUAUAGGGUGAUUUUUAUACCUCCAAAAAGAAUCCUUAGAUAAUUCUAAAAUGAUUAUAGUGACUUACUUUAUUAAAUCAUAUUCCUCUUACCAUAAGGGUUUUUUUUUUUUUCAGUGUACUUAUACAUUUUUAAUUUUUCAGGCAAAAUUUAAGUUGUACAAAACAGUAAGAGCAAACAAUCCAUUCAUCACCAUAUUCCAAUUCCCACAUCAGUAGGUAUAUCAAGAGGAGUAAAAGUUAUAACAGACAUUUCUUUGCCAGACUUAAAUAUUGCAGUUGCCCCUUGAGCAAUUUUGGGCCCUUGGGAGGAUCUAAAAUGAAUAUCUAUACUUUUGCAUAAAAGACCUGAUUUUUAUCCCAUCAUUUCAUAAGUGAAGAACAAGGUACAUGAAGCAUUUUGUAAGUUGAAAUCAGAUGAAAUGAAGUGAACAGAGAACAGAUGGCAAUGUUGUUCAGGAAAAUUGGUUUUGGGUUUUUUCAUUCUCCCCCAUAACCUAAUGAUAGCCUCCAUCUUUCAGGAUAAUCAGGGACAAGAGCAGCAUAAAUAAAUUCUGUUUGUGGAUAAUACAGAAUCCCACAAAUCAAUAUCAGUAACUUUAUCCCAUGCCAAACUUUUUUUUUUUUUUAGAGCUCCUUGUGUGUUAUAAAAUUAUCUGAUCUAAGCUUUACCUCCCUUAAUUUUUCCUCUAGGAUCCCCUCAAAAAAAAGUUAAUAAAGAGUUGAGGUAAUUGCAAAAAUAGGCAAUAGGAAAGAAAAGGAGAAAGGGAGAAUCUAUAUAAUCCACAAUCCAGAUAAUCACCCCUGAAUAAACACUUAUGUCCUUAGUAUAUGUGAGGCUAUAUAUAUAUAUAUAUAUGUGAGUUCUCCAAAAAAUACACUGUUAAAAAGGAUAAUACUAUCUGGCUGACAAAAAUAGACUUCAUUUGAAGCAGCAGUAAUACACAAAGAAAGGCAGAUGGAACUUUUAAUUUUAACUUCUCUAUCACUGGGAUUUGCCCAUUUAGCACAGGCAUCUUUAAGAUAUGAACAACAUCAUCAGGGACUUUCAAUCCCUCUUUUCCUGCAAGAACUGCAGCCAGUUGCUGGAACUGGGUUUGGAAAGUCCAGCAUGUGACUUUGUAGUAAGUGUUUAUUAGAUCUUCUGCUAACUUGCUACUGCAGUUUUCUAACAGCUCCAUUAUUUAGUUUCAUGUAAGAUUUCAUAAAUGUAACACUAAUUCAAUUAAAUCUACAUAUGUUUUUGGAAGAAGUCUCUUACUAUAUUCAAAUAGGCUGACAAAGUUUCUAUAGCCAAAAAUAGUUUUAAAAAAAAAAAAAAUACCUCAAUCAAGCUCAGAAUGUUAUUUUGGUACUUUACUGGUUAUACAAGCCAUUAUUCACCAGUAUGAAUAGUUGUGUCUUUCGGUUUAUAUUUAACUUCUUUAUGUCUGUGGAUUUUUCCCUUCAAAGUUUAAUAAAUUUAUUUUCCUGGA